UGAGACAGAGUUUCUCUGUGUGUAGCCUGACUGUCUUGGAAUUUACUCUGUAGACCAUGCUGGCCUUGAACUCACCUGCCUCUGCCUCUGAGUGCUGGGAUUAAAAGUGUGCGCCAGUACUCGGCUUACAUUGUUAUUUUUUAGACUUACUUAUUUUAUGUGUAUGAGUGCUUUGCCUGCAUGUAUUUAUGUAUAUGUAUGUGCAUAGUGUGUGUGCCUGGUGCCUGAAAAGGCCAGAAGAGGGCAUAGAAUUCCCUUGCACUGGAGUUAGGGAUGGUUUGAAGCCACCAUGUGUAUGCAGGGAACUGAACCCUGGUUCUCUGCAAGACCAACAAAUGCUCUUAACUUUUGAGUCAUCUGUCUAGCCCCCUCUGCAUUAUUAUUACUAUUAUUUUUUAUUAUUAUUAUUUUGAGACAGGAUCGCUCUAUGUAGCUCUGGCUGUCAUGGAACUUGAUAUGUAGACCAGGCAGCCUGCCUCUGCCUCCUGAGUGCACCACCACCCCUGGCUUCCUCUGACUUAUUUUUGAGGUUGGGUCUCUCACUGAACCUAGAGCUCCCAAAUCGUCUAAAUUGACUGACAUGCAGCUCCAGACUUGUGACUGAAACACUUUACCUACUGAGCCAUCUCCCCAGCACUGCGUGUGUGUGUGUGUGUGUGUGUGUGUGUGUGUGUGUGCGUGUGCGUGUGCGUGUGCGUGUGCGUGUGCGUGUGUGUGUGUGUGUGUGUGUGUGUGUAUUAAGACACAGUCUGGAGAACUGGAGCCCAUGCUAGACUCAUACUUGAAAUCUUCCUGCCUCAGCCACUAGAGUGUUUCGAUUACAGACCUGUACCACAGUAUCUAGCAAAAUUACUUGAGAUUUUCCUUCUCUCUCUCUCUCUCUCUCUCUCUCUCUCUCUCUCCUCCCCUCCCUCCCUUCCUCCUUUUCUUCCUUCCUCCCUUUCUUUCGACAGAAUCUCACUAUAUAGCUCUAGAUGGCCUGGAACUUGAUAUAUAGACCAGGCUGGCCUCAAACUCAAAGAGAUUGACCAGGCUUUGCCUCCUGAGUGCCAGAACUAAAGGUGUCUGCAACCAUGCCCAGCAAAUAUAUGUUUGUUUGUUUGUUUUUUUUUCCAAGACAGGAUUUCUCUGUGUAGUUUUGGUGCCUGUCCUGGAUCUCGCCCUGUAGACCAGGCUGGCCUCGAACUUACAGAGAUCCGCCUGGCUCUGCUUCCCGAGUGCUGGGAUUAAAGGCGUGCGCCACCACUGCCCAGCUCAAAUACAUGAUUUUUAAAUGAAAAAGAAAAGAAAAAGCUCCUGUGAACCCCCCUUUCCAUAGUAGUAUAGCAGAAAAUAAACUUAGAAUAGAUGAAACUCAGCUCAUUGAUUUCUUGAAUAGUAAUCCUUCCAGUGAUUCCCAGUGAGGGAGACACACAAGACAAAAAUAAACAAAGAUGUCCUGCAGAGACAGCUCAUUGCUUAAGAAUGUGGUGUGUUUCCAGAGCUCAGUCUCCAGCAACCAUGUAAAGUCUCCUGACACAUAACUCCAGCUCCAGGGGUCCAGUGACCUUCUCUGGCCUUCUGGCCUUUGAGGGUGCCUGCAUACAUGUGGCAGGCAUGUGCUAAUAAAUAAAAAUAAAUCUUCAAAGGUUGUUUUAACCUCGAUCUUUUGUUGUUGUUGGAGGCCUGUGCUUGAGUAGUGGGCAUAUUUAAGGCUACAACUGUUUUGUUUAUGUGAAUGAAUGUCUCAUACCGCAGAACACUGAAAGCUUCAGAUUCAUGUCUAGAAACAUGCUUUUUUUUUAAAACUCAAAUAUAGGAGCCAUGUCGAUGAUUCAAAAGUGAUAGCAUGUUGGUAAUUACAGCAUUUUGGUUUAACCCGCUGUAAAACAUGUGAGUGUACACUUUCUAAGCAGAACUGUGACCAUUUUGAAAUAUAAGAGCAAUGCUUUGAGAGCUUGAUCUUUGACCCCAGCCAAUGCAGAAAAGACACAGUUACCACCUGAGCGAGAAUAAAAACUAAGUGCACUUCCUAUCUCUCUGUUUGCUCUUCUGAAUGCACCCUCUUGGAAGAGAGUAAGUUUUGCCUUGUCCCAGACACUUCCAAAAAAGAAAAAAAAAAAAAAAGGAGUUUGAUCUUGGGCCCACUGUGGUGGUACACACCUUAAAUCUCAGCCCUAAGGGAGUCAGAAGUCUUGAGGCAAACCUGGUCUACAUAUCAAGUUCCAUGCCAGCCAGGGAUUCAAAGUGAGACCAUGUCAAAAUGAAUAAAUCCGUUAAAAUCAAAAUGGGAAAAAUAUGUACAAAUGAAAGCCUCCCCCCUCCCCUUUAGACAGGGUCUCACUAUGUAGCUCUGGCUGUCCUGGAACUCACUUCGUAGACUAAGCUCACCUCGAACUCACAGAGACCCACCUGACUCUGCCUCCCAAGUGCUAGAAUUAAAGGGAACACCACCACCAUCUUAAAAACUAUUACAUUUAUUUCUUGUGUGUCCACAACCCACAGUGCAGAUGUGGCAAUCAGGAGAGAAUUUGGGGGACUCCGCUAUCUCUUCUCACCAUGUGUGUAUUGGGUAUUGAACUUGGGUCAUCAGGCUUAGUGGCAAGUGUUUUGACCCUCUGGGCCAUCUCAGGGGCCUUCCCUAGGGUGACAAUGUGUCUGGGAUGGUUUUGCAAUUUGUCUUCACUUAGCUGAAUGCUUGUAAUAGUUCACGUAAAAAUCAAGGGGCAGGGCCAGCAACAUGGCUCAGCAGAGCCCGACAGCUGGAGUGUGAUCCCCAGAAUCCACACGGUGGAAGGAGAGAAUGGACUCCCGCAAGCUGUCCUCGGAUGCUCUGUAGCUCUGGUUCCAGGGGAGAUAGUGACUCUGCCCCUUAGGGCACCAGGCAUGUACACAGUGCACAAACCUAAACAAAGGCAGAACAUUCACACACAUUAAAGUAACAUUUUUAAAAAUUGAAAAAUUCAUUAGGUAUGUGUCUGUGUGUGCAUGUGUGUGUAUGUGGGUGUGCAUGCCACACACAUCUGUAAGAGAACAAUUUUGUGGGGUCAGUGCAUUACUUCCAGGGGUGUAACUCAGGUUGCCAGGCUCGAAUGGCAAGCACACCUACCCACUGAGACAUCUUGACCUGGGAAUUGUACUUAAAAGCAAGGAUUCUUGAGGGUUUGAGUAUAGGUGAGUGGUAGAACAUUUGCUUAAAAUGUUCUACAUCUAGAAUGUGUACAUCUAUGUGUGGUUAUGUGCAUGAGUGCGGUGCCCCUGGAGGCUCAAAGGGUGUGGGAUCCCAUGGAGCUGUAGUUACUUGGUGCUGGGAACUGAACUGAAGUCCUCUGCAAGAGUUCUUAACUGCUCAGGCUUCUCUCUAGGACUCCCAGUCUUACUCUAGUCCUCUACUGUGCGGCGUGGCUUUCUGGUGCCUUGUGGAUUCCAAAGUGCUAGGUCAGUGGUUCUCAACCUUCCUAACGCUUCGACCCUUUAAUACAGUUCCUCAUGUUGUGGUGACCCCCCUAGAGUUACUUUGUUGCUACUUCAUAACUGUAAAUUUUGCCACUCUUUGAAUCGUAAUGUAAAUAUCUGAUAUGCAGGAUAUCUGAUAUGUGACCUCCCCUCCAAAGGGGUCUUGAUCCACAGUUUGAGAAUAGCUGCCCUAGGUGCUCAAGCCUCUUAAAAAGUGGCAUAGUAAGGUCCAGAGUGAAAGUGCAAGCUUUUAAUCCCAGCAUGCAGAAGGCAGAAGUGAGAAGUGGGACGGAGACGGCAGAGAGAGGGUCAAGGCCGCCCGACAUUUGGCGCUUCAGUCUCUGGCAGGAUGGAACUGGCCUUGGCUGGAGGACAGCAGAAAGGAUGGGUUGGGGUAAGAGUCCGCGUGGAGGCGGGUGUCGGGGCACGGCGACCACGCAGUCCCGGGGGCUGCCGCCAGAUGGCGAGCGGGCCGCGGGAAAGACCCAGGCCGCAGCUUCUCACGCUCCUGCGGCCUGGCCUUGCCCCUCCUCACCUGGGUGUGAGAUGCAUGCCUUUGAGGUGCUAGGGCUGGACCCCCCAGGCGCCUCGAGGCCCCCAGAGCCUGGGGCACAAUCUCACAUCCUUUGUGUACUUCCCACCACUCUGUUCCCAUGCCUGCAUCAGCAUCUCAGCUCUCUGUAAAAGUGUCACCUUCUCCAGGGGUCUUCCCUGACUGCCCUGGGAUCAGAAACCCAUACCCUGACCCCUGUAAAGCUCGUUCCAUUCAUUUUUUUUCCUUUGAAACAGAAUCACUCUUUAGCCCAGGCUGCCCUUAAACUUCUGAUCCCCCUGCCUCAGCCUCUCAUGUGCUGGGAUGACAGAUAGGAAAGUUGUGGCCCAUUCCUCUAAUCUCUGCACUCAAGAGAAUGAGGUGGAAGAAGCCCAAGGUUAUAGCCAGUCUGGGCUGGGAAGUCCUGUCUCAACCCUCUCACCCCGAAAGACAGUAAUAGCAGUCAUGUUAACUCAUUGUUUGGGCGCAGGGGUGUCGCAGAGAGAGCUCCCAGCUUAUCAUUCCUAAGGGUUCCCGCCUCAGAACAGGAAGAAAAAAACAUAAUGGGCUUAUGCGACCAGUGUGUAUCAACACCUGGUCUUUCAGGUCUUUCUGAGUCCUCUCUCCAGUCUCUGAGGGAGAGAUGUUACCAGCAUCAUACUCCAGAAGAGGGAGCUGAAGCCCGGAGUGGUUAAUGACCUUCCAUGAGGGUGCACAGCCAAGAAACUGCAGGGCAGAGCAUAGAACCUCAAAGUCACUGAAGGGUGUGAUGUCACUAAGUGGAUAAAUGGGGGUCUCAGGAUUCAAAAGACUCCUAAGCCUCUGUCCCCUAGACCUGCCUUCCUUGAUUCUCAUGGUCCCCAUGGAGCAGGCUCAGCCCCCACUGGGACUCGCAGCAGGCUGGGAGGAGCUGUGGGAUUGGACAGGUCAGCUUGCCUUCCUUCCCUGCUGGGAGCUCCCAGAACCACCUCUGGGCUGCCGGGAGGAGACAGUGGUGAAAAGCAGACCUCUGAGAACCCAGACUCACACUCUGGACAGCAGGGUCCAUUGCCCAGGACCCUGAGCCCACUCCAAGACUGACUGACAACCGCACAGCUAAGUGAUGCUCCGUGGCCAGUUAAUCACGCUGCUGGGUCUGUUCAGUGGGGCGUGGCUACCCACAGGCUCAGGGAGGCCUAGGGUUCCAUCUACCCCUACUCAGGCCUGGGCUGCUGCCAAUCAGAGCUGGACUCUGGAUCCUCUGGUACCAGCCUCUGCCCUGGGUAGCUGGAAGGCCUUCUUGAGCCUACAAGACAAACAGCAAGGAGCAGGUGGGCUGCAGGGAGGGCAGAGAGAGGCUGCUGGUGUGUCUUUGCCCUUGGUCCCCCAGGAAGUGCUCCAGGAGACAUGUAAAGCUGUGGCCUUUAUUCAGGUGCUCUCCAGGCCUGGUUGCACAGCCGCCAGGGUCCUUAAUCAUCUGUGUUUCGGACAUUGUUCCUCCUUCUACAUUCCCAGCUCGGAUCCCACCCCGGUCGUCCUCUGCAACAGCUGUGUGCCAGCUCAAAAGCGCUGGACAUCGGUGGUGCUGUGGUGUGGGGCUGGCCACGCAGCCUCCCCUCGGCGAGUGAGGAUGACUGUCACCCUAGUGCAGAAGUGCCAGUGUGGUCCGAAGCUGUGAGCUGAGUGUCGUGGAGGAUCGGAAAGAAACAGGAGAUGCUGUAGAAAGACGUGACCUGAAUUAUGUACAUCAGGUCAAGAGAGCAGGGUUAGAAGGACAGACGGACAGGUCCACAAGGUCCUCAUCUUGCUCCUGGAACAUGAGACACGGUUCCCCAGUCAUGGGUUUAGACCACUAAUAGUCAUAGCAUAUGGGGCUGGGGUGUAACUCAGCGGGAAAGGGCUUGCCUACCAUGUAUGAAGCCCUGGGUUCCAUUCUUAGCACGGGGAUAUGUGGAGGGAAAAAGUGAAAAUUAGCUGUAGUGUGUGAUUCACAGGGCACUGUGAGGGAGGGACUAUUCCUUCCACAAGCACUAACUCACAUAUCCUCAAGAGUCAAUCCUCAGCAGUCCUGCAGGGUAGGACUUCACCACAGGUCAUUGUGCAGAUGAGGAAACCAAAGCAGCCCUUGAGGCACUGUCACUGUUUUGGGGGUGGGGGUCGAGACACAGGCCGUGCACACGCGCAACACAGCUCCCCGUUGAGCCCCUCCCCCAGCCUGGGGUUCCGCUGCUGACCACGAGGUGGCACUGCGUCUCUCUGUCCGAGCCAGACACUCCUAACUCCUAGGAUGACAGCAUCACCCAAACACGGACACUCAGCAAAGAUGACCCCGUUCUAGGGACACCAGAAAAACAGCAGCAGCAGCAGCAGCAGCA